AUGCCCAUAUCUCGGCCUAUCGUCAUUGUUCUCGUCGGUAUAGCGUUUGGUUUUACGGCCACUUACUAUUCAACGACGCUAAUAAAUUUUACCGAACCGAUACGAUGCGGAGCUUCUCGACGACUCCACAAUGACGUUGAAGUUGCUGCAUUGAGCGCAGAUGCCAAUGUACUUGAACGUGCACAAUUCGUUCCGGGACACAGACGCGGACUUAUUUUGAUAGCAAUAAUGACUGCUGCAAAGUAUGUUGAUACCAGAGCUUACAAUGUUUGGAAGACGUGGGCCCAGCAUGUUCCCGGAAAGGUCUUGAUAUUUGUUGCCGAAGGAACCGAAACAAUUCACGAAGACAUGCCUGUGAUUCGAUUGAAAGGCGUUGAUGACACUUACCCUCCGCAAAAAAAAAGUUUUGCGAUGGUCAAGUGGUUAGCGGAAAACAUGGCCGAUGAAUAUGACUGGUUUCUUCGAGCUGAUGAUGACUUGUACAUUCGAGGUGAAGAACUCGCUAACUUCCUGCGAUCGAUAGACUCAUCUCGGGCGCACGUGAUUGGUCAAGCUGGUUUGGGUAAUAGUGCUGAGUAUGGAUUAUUAGCAUUAGGAUCAACCGAUAAUUAUUGCAUGGGAGGCCCGGGAAUUGUAAUGAGCAGAGCAACACUACUGAAAGUUUCUCCGUAUCUUGAAUCUUGUCUUCAGCACCUUCUGACAUCCCAUGAGGAUGUUGAACUUGGGCGAUGUAUAAGAAAACAUGUGGGAGUUGCUUGUACAUGGAACUAUGAAAUGCAGAAACUUUUCCAUAAUAAUCAGAGUGCCAUUAAGGAGUCGUAUGCUAAGAACAUGAAGGAACUAAAAGAUGCUAUUACGCUUCAUCCCAUAAAAGAUCCUCGUGUAAUGCGAAAAGUUCAUCUAAGAAAUCGAGAAAUUAAACUCCGUGAAGUACGUGCUCGAAGAAGCCAACUGGUUUCGGAACUUACCACUGCAAAGAAACCUACACUGAUCCGGAUUACCCCAAAUCGGACCAUAGAUAUAACACCAUGGGACUACAUAAACAAUAACAAGAUACUGUUUUGUGCCGAUCGUGUCAAUUGUCCGAGACACACGGUAGAUUUGAGCAUUCGUAAUGAAAUGAAUGAAAUAAUCGCACAGCUCUUUGACGAGUUUAACGCAAACGCACGUCAACGAGGUAGAGUACUUCAGUUCCAAAGUCUCCAAUAUGGAUAUAUGAGAGUUGAGCCAACACAAGGUGUGGAUUAUGUUCUUGAUAUGAUACUUUGGUUCAAAAAGUUUCGACCGCCUCAUCGAACAACUCUUUCGGUUCGAAGGCACGCCUACGUACAACAAACUUUCGGAAAACUAAAAACUAUUUCUGAAGCGUCUAUGAGAGCCAGUGUGCGGGCCAAUUCAAGCCUUAUUGAAGAUCCAACUUUGCAUAUGGUUCUCCCGUUACGUGGAAGAGCAUCAAUAUUCGCAAGAUUUGCACAACAUUUGAAAAGCAUUUGCUCGCGCGGAGCUGACGACUUAUCGGUAUCGUUGACAAUUGUUUUAUAUUCAAGUGAAGACGAGGCAGAUAACAGGUCAACAAUUGAAAUUUUGCGAUCCAGUUCAAUUCCUGUUUCAGUUAUUGAAAUGGGAGAUGCUCCAUUUUCUCGGGGAAUUGCUCUGAUGCGUGGCGCUGGCACUCUCCCAAGCAAUGCUCUCCUUUUCUUUACUGAUGUUGACAUGUUAUUUACGUGCGAUGCUUUGAGAAGAAUUAAACUGAACACGAUUCUAAACGCGCAAAUCUACUUCCCAAUAGUGUUUUCUGAAUUUUCACAUGAGAGUUGGUCUGAAAAUGAUAAACUUCUUGCCGACGCUUUCCAUUAUGGACGACGAAGAGGCUAUUUUCGGCAUUUUGGAUAUGGUUUAGCGGCUAUGUAUAAGGCAGACUUGAUGAAAAUUGGUGGAUUCGAUACCAAAAUAGAAGGUUGGGGUAAAGAAGAUGUUGAUUUGUUUGAAAAGGCGAUAAAAUAUAAUAAACUGCGAGUACUUAGAAGUCCCGAGCCUGGUCUUGUCCACAUUUACCAUCCAAUUCAUUGCGAUGAAAACAUGCCAGCGGCGCAAAAAGAGAUGUGCCAUGGGUCAAAGGCUGCUAGUCUUGCAUCUAUCGAUACCCUUGUUGAUCAAAUCGGACAGUAUACGUGA